AUGAACUUUAUCCAUAGUAUUGCCAUCAAAGAUGACAUGUAUGCCACUGUGCAAGCACUAGGAGGCUUUGCAGGGGCUGCUGGUGCUAGGGAGGAGCAGCCAGAUGCCGAGAGGGAGGAGGAGAAGAUGUAUUCCCCACAACACUGCCCACAGGGCCAGGUGUUGACCCCAGUGCAAAUCAGAUCAAUUUGCCAGGCUAUAUUAGAAUCUGGGAAGCAGUAUGCAGUGAAGAAGAGGAAACCAUGCCCACUCAUGUACUCUUACUAUGGAACAGAAUACCUUGGUGCAGCACAUGGCCUUUCAUCCAUCCUUCAGAUGCUGCUGUCCUAUUACGAGUACCUCCAGCCUGCAGAUCAGGAGCUUGUGUGGCAGAGCAUUGACUUUCUUAUGGACCAGGAACAGAACUGCAACUGGCCUCCUGAACUGGGAGAGACAAUUGAGCGGGAGAAUGAGCUUGUGCACUGGUGUCAUGGAGCUCCAGGUAUUGCAUACCUGUUCGCUAAAGCUUAUCUGAUUUCCAAGAAGCCUCAGUAUCUAGACACUUGCAUCCGCUGUGGGGAACUGACAUGGCAGAAAGGCCUGCUGAAGAAGGGACCUGGAAUUUGUCAUGGAGUGGCUGGUAGUGCCUAUGUGUUCCUACUCCUGUAUAGGCUUACUGGAAAUUCUAAAUACAUCUACAGAGCACAAAGGUUUGCGGAGUUCUUAUUUACAGAAGAAUUUAAAGCUGGUUCCCGGGCAUUAGAAAACAUAUAUAGUCUGUAUGAAGGCUUCUCAGGGACUGUGUGUUUCCUGAUUGACUUGCUGCAACCCAACCAGGCUGAGUUCCCUCUCUUCAGUGUCUUUGUCUAGAGAAGAACCGUCUCCAGUGCCAUAUCGGAACAGCUAGGCACUUGCAGUUUUAUUUAUCUGUAAAGGGAGGCUAUUUACAAAAUAAGCCACAUUCAGUGCUAACACUAAUGCUAGCCUUAAUUUUGCUGAGGGGAUAGGAAGAAGACGAAAUACAGUGGGGCUUAGGGAGGGAAGUAGGUGGUUUAAAAAAAUUAAGUUUAAAAGGGGAAAAUGAAGUGGUUUUUCAAAACUGAAGGGAUAGCAAUUCAGCUUUACCAAGGGAAGUAAAGUCUUUUCAUUAUUCAAAUGAGUGACAGAGGCAUUAGUAAUCUUUAACAUGGUAGUUGUACAAAAAAACCAAAAUGGAAAUCUGAAUAUUAGGGUCAUGCAAGGGAAAUAAAAUAA